CAAAUACAUCGUCACUGGUCACGUUCAUCCAGCAGUUCCCAUCACAACGCAGAAGCUAGAAAAUAAUUAUUUUCUUAAGCUAAGUCAGAGUUUCAAGUCAAUUUUUAAAGAUAUGACCGCACAGCCUUCUUAUUAAGCACCAGAUGACACAGCCAUUAAGCGUUUUACAGAACCGUAAUGAAGCUCUUAAAAGAUGCCCAGCUGGGGGCUUCUACCUUCUUCGCUUCACCUCUCCCUCAUGAUGUUUGUGGGAGCAAUGGCCUCCCUCUCACCCCAAAUUCCAUCAAAAUCCUCGGACGUUUCCAGAUCCUCAAGACCAUCACUCACCCCAGACUCUGCCAAUAUGUAGACAUUUCCAGAGGAAAACAUGAACGGCUGAUUGUUGUUGCUGAGCAUUAUGCCAGUAACUUAGGUGAUUUCAAACAAGGACAAACAGCAAGCCCAGAGAAGGUGCUCCAAAUCGCCUAUGAGGUUCUAGAAGGUCUGGAGUUUAUGAACAAACAAGGUUUGGUGCACAGAGCUCUCAGCACGCAAAACGUGCUCCUGGACUGCAAGGGAAACGUGAACCUGGCAAAGUUCGGCCUCUAUCACAUGACGGAUCACGGGGCAGAUGUGGAUUUUCCUAUUGGCUACCCAUCUUACCUUGCUCCUGAGGUGAUCGCCCAGGGCUCCUUCCACCCCAGUGACCCAUCCCACGAUGAAGCUCCUCUGCCCUCGGGACCCAAGAGCGACGUCUGGUCUCUUGGCAUCUUACUCUUUGAACUGUGUGCUCGAAGGAGACUGCUGCAGAAUAUAGAAAUCAGUGAGAAACUGAAAUUCAUCUUAACCCUGGGUUGUAUGGAUGACAUCGUCACAGUUCUUGCAGAGGAACAUGGCUGUUUGGACAUUAUUAAGGAGCUGCCUGAGAAUGUUCUGGAGUUAUUAAAGAAAUGUUUGACAUUUCUUCCAUCCAAAAGACCGACCCCUGCAGGGCUGCUGGGAGACCCGCUGUUCCACGGCAUUUCCUGCCUCUAUACGCCUUUCCAGAAGCCCGUCAGCUUGUUCUCCUCCUCUCUCCGCUGUGCAAACCUCCAGCUCCCAGAUGACAUCGCUGAUCUUUGUAAAGAUGAAAAUGAUGACUACUUGUCAGAGAGGGGCAUAGACGAGGUCUACCAUCUGUGGUGCCUUGCUGGUGGAGACUUGGAGAAGGAGCUUACCAACAAGGAAAUCAUACGGUCCAAACCUCCAGUCUGCACCUUGCCCAAUUUUGUCCUGGAGGACGGGGAGUCAUUCGGCCAGGGCCGGGAUCGAAGUUUCUUGCUUGAUGACACCACAGUGACGCUGUCGCUGUGCCAACUCCGAAAUAGACUGAAGGAUGUAGCUGGAGAAGCUUACUUCCCCCUCCUGGAAGACCAACAGUCGGGUUUGCCGCAGUCCAACAGCAGCAACGAGCUGUCGGCCACCGUCAUGCUGCCACUCAUCAUCCGCGAGAGGGACACCGAGUACCAGCUCAUCCGCAUCAUCCUCUUUGACAGGCUGCUCAAGGCUUACCCAUACAAGAAGAACCUUGUGUGUAAAGAGGCCAGAGUGGAUAUUCCUCCUCUUGUGAGAGGAUUGGCGUGGGCUGCUCUGCUCGGCAUUGAGGGUGACAUUCAAGCCAAGUAUGACAGCAUAGAUAAGGAUACCCCCAUUCCAACUGACAGACAGAUUGAGGUGGACAUCCCUCGCUGCCACCAGUAUGAUGAGUUGCUGUCGUCUCCUGAAGGCCACAUUAAGUUUAGGCGUGUGCUGAAAGCCUGGGUGGUCUCCCACCCUGACCUGGUCUACUGGCAGGGUUUGGAUUCACUUUGUGCACCAUUCCUGUAUUUGAACUUUAAUAAUGAGGCCUUAGCGUACGCCUGCAUGUCUGCAUUCAUCCCUAAGUACUUGUACAACUUUUUCCUGAAGGACAACUCUCAUGUCAUCCAAGAAUACUUGACCGUUUUCUCCCAAAUGAUUGCCUUUCACGACCCAGAGCUGAGCAACCAUCUAAAUGAGAUCGGUUUCAUCCCGGAUCUUUAUGCUAUUCCCUGGUUCCUUACUAUGUUUACACAUGUUUUCCCACUGCAUAAAAUCUUCCACCUCUGGGACACGUUGCUGCUGGGUAAUUCCUCGUUCCCUUUUUGUAUUGGCGUUGCCAUAUUGCAGCAGCUCAGAGACCGUCUCCUGGCUAACGGCUUCAAUGAAUGCAUCCUGCUCUUCUCUGACCUGCCAGAAAUUGACAUUGAGCGCUGUGUCCGUGAAUCCAUCAACCUGUUCUGCUGGACUCCAAAGAGUGCUACGUACCGGCAGCAUGCUCAGCCGCCCAAAGCCUCUGCGGACGACAGCUUUGGGAAAGCAGCCACAUACUUCUCGUCUGACUACCAGGAUAUGGCCAAAACAGACCUGUCUCGGGAACCCCUCGCUCUGGCCGACCUGAAAGCUGAAUUUUCUCCCAGGAUCUCAGCUGAAGACCUCAUCGACCUCUGUGAACUCUCGGUUGCCGGACCCUCCAAAAGAAACAAGGGCGGCAAGCCAAAGAUCAUUGCUGUUGACAUCCGCAGUAUGGAGGACUUUAGUAGAGGUCAUGUUUCAGGCAGCGUCAACGUUCCCUUCAACAGUGUGUUUAACUCUGAUGGAGAGCUGGUGCAGUGUCCGGCAUCAGGAGUCCUCCAGAACUACAGAGGGCGCGUCAUUGUGAUCAUCAGCCAUGCUGUGAAGAGCGCCGUCAUGUUUGCUGCACAUCUGGUCAAGGUGAAUAUGUCACGUGUUUGCAUCCUAGAUGGAGGGAUCAGCAGGCUGAAUCCCACUGGACUCCUGACUGUCCCGUCCCCUCAGAUCUAAUCCUGUUCCACGGUUUCAUCCUAACAAGGACAUACUGUGAAAAAUGAUAAUUAUGUAACAGAAAGAUGUCAAUAAACAAAUAACAUCAUUGUGUUAUUUAUUCA